CGUAUCUUCUGCAAGUCCAACCUGAGCGGUGACCUUUGGUUUCUCUGGUCGCGACAGCACCACUGCCUCCACCUGAACCCCAGAAGACUGAAUCAGCCAAGCCCAAAAUCACCACCACCACGGCCUCCGCCGCUCUUAUCUCGUCAUUCCUGUCGCCGGUGGCGCUGCCGCUCUACCUAUUCUUUCUGACGCGUUCCCAACACGGCGUUAGUGCUUCUUAUGGUCGAUGAUUUCUACAACCGAGCGUUCUCAGUCCUCUAUCUCCAUUUUGUCCCCCAUCGCAUCUCUUCAUUUAUUGCUGUCGAAGAAGAGGAGUCGAGGACUUGUAGGGAAACCAUUCCAUCUUUCCAUUUGGCCUCCUAGCAUUCUUCGACCAUAAGAGAAAGCAACCCUAAUCGUCUAGCCUAAUAGGUCAUGGCUUUCAGUGGAGCUCUGGCCCUUGCAGCAAUGCCUAUAUGCUUUGAUAAGUCAUAUAAUACAAAGGUACGUUGUGAUGCUAUCCAAACCCAAUCUUCGUUGAACUGCUCUGCUUCUACGUUUUCUUCAAUUGAGACUGCUCCAGAACAGAAUAUACAAAAAUUUAGUUACAGUAGAGCUUCCCCGACAGUGAGAUGGCCACAUUUGAAAUUCACAGAGAAUGACACUGCUUCUCAGACCCAAUCCACCAACACUCCUACUUCUUCCAUGGAAGUGAAAGAUUUUGUCGGUGUUGAGAAAUCCUCGUUCCUUGAUUCUUUGGGCUUAGGAGAGGAAAGCCAAACCUUAGAUUCUUCUCAUUCUAGUGAUGAAGCCCUUGAAGUGCUAGGAAAGCCUAGCAGGACUAGAGCGAAGAAAAUGACUAAAUUGGCAUUGAAGAGGGCCAAAGAUUGGAGGCAGAGAGUCCAGUUUUUGACGGAUGGGAUUUUGCGGUUGCAACCGGAGGAAUUUGUUGCAGACGUGUUGGAUAAUCGGAGUGUCCAGAUGACUCCUACUGAUUACUGCUUUGUAGUGAAAUGGGUUGGGCAGUCAAAUUGGCACAGGGCUUUGGAGGUUUACGAGUGGUUGAACCUUCGGGAUUGGUAUUCCCCGAAUGCGCGGAUGCUAGCCACAAUCUUGGCUGUGCUUGGGAAAGCCAAUCAAGAAGCCUUGGCUGUAGAGAUCUUCACCAGGGCAGAGCCUGCUAUGGAGAACACUGUCCAAGUGUACAAUGCCAUGAUGGGUGUAUAUGCCCGGAAUGGUCGAUUUUCAAAGGUCCUAGAGCUGCUUGACUUGAUGCGAGAACGAGGGUGUGAGCCGGACCUUGUGAGCUUUAAUACUCUGAUUAAUGCCAGGGCAAAAUCAGGUUCAGUGCAUUCAGGUUCCACUAUUGAACUCCUCAAUGAGGUGAGGAGAUCAGGCCUGCGACCUGAUGUAAUCACUUACAAUACUCUCAUCAGCGCUUGUUCUCGUGGGUCAACUUUGGAGGAGGCAUUGGAGGUUUAUGAGGAUAUGAAGUCCCACAAAUGCCAGCCUGAUAUCUGGACUUACAAUGCUAUGAUCUCAGUUUAUGGUCAAUGUGGAAUGGCAAUGGAGGCUGAGCGGCUUUAUAAGGAAUUAGGGUCCAAAGGAUUUUUUCCAGAUGUAGUUACCUAUAAUGCUCUGCUAUAUGCAUUUGCAAGAGAGGGGAAUGUUGUCAAGGUGAACGAGAUUUGCAAGGAGAUGGUAGGAGCAGGGUUUGGGAGAGAUGAGAUGACCUAUAACACCAUCAUCCAUAUGUAUGGGAAGCAGGGCCAGCAUGAUCUGGCAUUGCAGACAUACAAAGAUAUGAAAUCAUUAGGACGCAACCCUGAUGCAGUUACCUAUACUGUUCUGAUCAAUUCACUUGGAAAAGCAGACAAGAUAACUGAAGCUGCAAAUAUAAUGUCAGAGAUGUUGGCUGCAGGUGUGAAGCCCACUUUACGGACAUUCAGUGCUUUGAUUUGUGGUUAUGCUAAGGCUGGUAUGCGAGUUGAGGCUGAAGAGACGUUUCAUUGCAUGCUGAGGUCUGGGAUCAAGCCAGACCAUCUCGCCUAUUCUGUCAUGCUGGAUAUCUUUUUGAGAUCUAAUGAUACGAAGAAAGCAAUGGGUUUGUACCAAGAGAUGGUUCAUUAUGAUUUCAGACCAGAAGACGACCUCUACCAAGCGAUGCUUAACUUGCUCAUGAAGGAGAAAAAAGAGGAAGAGGUGGAAAGAGUCAUGAAGGAUAUGGAACUUUGCGGUAUGAGCCCAGAAGUCAUUUGUUCUCUUCUUGUCAAAGGGGAAUGCUAUGACCAUGCUGCUAAGAUGUUGAAGUUGGUUGCUUCUCUAGGCCAUGAACCUGACAGUGAGAACUUGUUGUCUAUUCUCAGUUCAUAUAGUUCCUCCGGCAGGCACACAGAAGCAUAUGCAUUGCUUUAUUUUUUAAGGGAGCAUGCUUCUGGAUCCCAAAGUUUAUUAACUGAGGCUCUGAUCAUCUUGCUUUGCAAGGAUCAGAAACUGGAUGCUGCUAUGGAAGAAUAUUGGAAAGCACAAGAGACUGGUUUUUUUAACUGGAGUUGCACUGUAUAUGAAUCUCUGAUUCAUUGCUGUGAAGAGGCAGGAUUGCUUGCUGAAUGUUCUCAGUUGUAUUCCGACAUGAAAUUCUGUGGUGUGGAACUGUCACAUAAGAUUUUCAGAAGUCUAGUGACCAUUUAUUGUAAACUGGGUUUUCCUGAAACGGCACACUAUUUGGUUGAUCUGGCAGAAAGUUUGGGCUUCUCCUUUGAUGAUUUCUCUGUGUAUGUUGACUUAAUUGAGGUAUAUGGGAAGUUGAAGUUAUUGCAGAGGGCAGAGAGCUUGGUAGAGCAACUCAGACUACACCACUCCAUGGUUAACCGGAAGGUUUGGAAUGCUCUAAUACAUGCAUAUGCAGCCAAUGGUUGCUACGAGCAAGCAAGGGCUGUAUUUAAUAUAAUGAUGAGAGAUGGUCCAUCCCCAACUGUAGAUUCCAUUAAUGGUCUCUUGCAAGCUUUGAUUAUUGAUGGGAGGUUAGAUGAGCUUUAUGUGGUCAUUCAGGAGUUGCAGGAUAUGGAUUUUAAGAUUAGCAAAAGUUCCAUUCUUUUGAUGCUUGAUGCCUUCGCAAGAGCUGGAAACAUAUUCGAGGUGAAAAAGAUAUACCAUGGAAUGAAGGCUGCUGGAUAUUUUCCCACUAUGCAUCUAUAUAGAAGUAUAAUUGGGUUGUUUUCCCGAGGAAAACGAGUGAGGGAUGUUGAAUCCAUGGUUUCCGAGAUGGGGGAAGCUGGAUUUAAGCCUGAUCUUCAGGUUUUCAAUUCUCUACUUAAAUUAUACACUGCAAUUGAGGACUUCAGGAAGACAGCCGAGGUUUACCAGCAUAUGCAAGCUUCAGGACUUAAGCCAGAUGCUGAUACUUACAAUACUUUAAUUUUGAUGUACUGCAGAGAUUGUAGACCAGAAGAAGGAUUAUCUUUGUUGCAUGAAAUGAAGAAACAGGGUAUGGAUCCGAAAUUGGACACUUACAAAAGUUUGAUUUCGGCAUGUGGUAAGCAACAACUAUGGGAACAAGCCGACGAGCUAUUUGAGUGGUUGCAGUUAAAAGGAUUGAAAUUGGAUCGCUCUUUCUACCAUAUAAUGAUGAAAAUUUACAGGAAUUCUGGUCGCCAUUCCAAAGCUGAAAAUGUUCUGGUUAUGAUGAAAGAGGCAGGUUUGGAGCCUACUAUUGCCACAAUGCACUUGCUUAUGGUCUCGUAUGGUAGUGCAGGACAACCCAUGGAGGCUGAAAAGGUGCUCAAUAAUUUGAAAACUUCUGGUCUAAAUCUCAGUACACUACCAUAUAGCUCUGUUAUUGAUGCAUAUCUUAAAAAUCGAGACUACAAUUUGGGAAUUGAGAAGCUAUUGGAGAUGAGGAAAGAUGGUGUGGAGCCAGACCACAGGAUAUGGACUUCUUUUAUCAGAGCAGCAAGUUUGUCGCAGCUCACAAGUGAAGCCAUGAUCCUCCUAAACUCACUUCGGGAUGCAGGAUUUGAUCUUCCUAUCAGGCUUCUGACAGAAAAAUCUGAGUCACUUGUUGCAGAGGUAGACCAAUUUCUUGAACAAUUAGUACCUUCAGAGGAUAAUGCAGCCUUUAACUUUGUCAAUGCUUUGGAGGACCUGUUGUGGGCAUUUGAACGCCGGGCCACUGCUUCAUGGCUGUUCCAACUUGCAAUCAAGAGACAUGUUUAUCGCCAUGAUAUCUUCAGGGUAUCUGAGAAGGACUGGGGAGCUGAUUUUAGAAAGCUAUCCCCUGGUGCAGCCCUUGUUGGUCUUACUUUAUGGUUGGACCAUAUGCAGGAUGCAUCCUUGCAGGGCUCGCCUGAGUCUUCAAAAUCAGUUGUCUUGAUAUCUGGGACUGCAGAAUACAAUAUGGUUUCUCUCAAUAAGACACUGAAGGCAUACCUUUGGGAGAUGGGGUCCCCUUUCCUACCCUGUAAAACACGUACUGGGCUACUUGUAGCAAAAGGCCAUUCCCUAAGGAUGUGGUUGAAGGACUCCCCGUUUUGCUUGGACCUUGAGUUGAAGGAUGCCCCAUCCCUCCCUGAGUCAAAUUCAGUACAACUCAGUGAAGGAUGUUUCAUGAGAAGCUGCCUUGUACCUGUUUUUAAGGACAUACAUGAGCGACUGGGGAAAGUGCGACCAAAGAAAUUUGCAAGAUUGGCUUUACUGUCAGAUGCCAAGAGAGAUAAAGUUAUUCAAGCUGAUUUACGGGGGAGGAAAGAAAAACUGGAAAAGCUGAAGAAAAGGGGUGGGUUUAUGAGACCAAGGAAGAAAAUGUCGUUUGGAAAGAGGAAAUUUAUCAGAAAAGUGAUGCUCCCAGGCCAUAAUAGGGUUAGAUUAGAGGACCAGUUACUGAGAUAAAUCCACCGAAAAGAAGCUAUGAAUAUCUUGAGUUAGUGUUCUAUUAUCCAGCCUUGAAACAGAAUUGGCAAGAUACAGAUUUGAAUUUCAGCUUCUGUUUGAUGGAUUGGUUAUCAAUUGACUGACUCAAGUUUUCAGGGAGCUCCCAUGUUAAUCACCUUUGAGAACAUGCUAGGGGACUAUGAUUUUCUAGAUUCUGUGGUCAGCCUUCCUCAGAAUCUUAAUUCUUAAUACUGGCUUCCUUGCAAACUUUCCAGAAACUUCUUGUGAAAUAUGAACCUUCGGAGCUUGCUUUUUGUCUUUGGUUAUUGAGAGCGUGAACUGAAUCAUCUGUGGCCGAGAUACAAAGUAAUUCCCUUCUCAAAAUGGAAGGCUAUAGUCAUUGCUAUAGAGAUAGAUGAAUUCAUCUACAAUGAAUCACUUGUUCAUUCACUCCUUCACCACCCAAGCAUACAGGACCCCCAAAACAUAAAUGUCAUAUUUGGACCUUCUGAAGCAUCCAUUCAUCAAAAUUUCCCAGAGAAUGCUGCCCACAUUGAAGAAUCUUCAGGGAUUUGAAGGUAGUUUCUAUGGCCAGUCACUCUUGCUAACACCACCACCACCAAUUUCUCGGCAAUAGUUGUCCUUGGUCUUUGUGGUUGUAUGAUAGAAGUUUAUGUAUUGUAACGACUCCUCCCUCCCCCAAAGGUACAUGAAUCCUGUCUAUUUCACCGAAAAAAAAGAAUCCUAUCCUAGUAUUGGAUUUUGUUUGACCUUGUAACAUUAGUGCUUAUUUGUAUAUUAAUUGAUAUUAUGAUAUAUCAAUCUCUUCCAACCUGAGGAUUCUUUUAAUAAAGGGUAUUAUAAAGCUCAA